AUGCUCUCGUUCAGUCGUCUCGGCGCCCUUGCGGGUGUCGUCGUGGGCCUCGCCAAGCUCCCCACCGCUGUCCUUGCGCUCGACAACGGCGUCGGGAAGCUGCCUGCCAUGGGCUUCAACUCGCUCAGCCUCCCAAAGGCGAAUCUCACAGAAGCGGCCAUGCGCGAGGCCGCCAACCUCAUGGCCACGCUCGGACUCCGCGACCUUGGCUACAGCUACGUCAACUUCGACAGUGGCUGGGCGAUCCCCAACCGCGGCGCCGACGGGGAGCUCGUCGCUGACCCCGGGCGGUUCCCCAGCGGAAUGCGGGCCCUUACGGAUUUCAUCCACUCGCUCGACUUGAAGGCGGGAAUUUACGGGAGCUCCGGGUGGUUCUUCUGCGAUGGGGUGCAGCCUGGCUCGUUCUCGAACGAACUGAAGGAUGUCCAGCAGUGGCAGAUCAGCUGGGGCUUCGACUAUGUCAAAUUGCUGAUAGCUCCGUUCGACGACGUCAGCCGCGAGGGCCCUGCCGGACUCUACCAGCGCACUGCGGACGCCAUCGCGCAGGUUUCUCAGGAGUUCUUCCGAACCCCAAUGUUCCUCAGCUUGGGCGGGGCCGCGGUAAGCGUCACACCACUCUGGACUGCCAAGUCGUCUCGCUGA